AUGUGGCAACAUCUGCGAAACUAUUUAAUGGAAAGAAUAGGGAAUGAAGAUAUUGUUAGCGAAACUAAUUCAGUCAUUGUGUCAGUAGUCAAAAUAAAAACCACGAGCCUCUCAAAUAAUAAUAAAGACAAAAACCACAAGAACAACGGAAUCGUCAUUAGAUGUAGACCAUAUUCUAAUACUGUUGUUACCUCAACUCCCGCCAACCACACGCAUCACGUUUUGCCUUGA